UGUGCAGGGAAAAAUCAAUUUACGUUACCUUAAAUCUUCAUCUUCUUGGUUCUGAAUUCCUUAGUUCAAGAAAUGUGAUCUUAGUAUGGUACCUACCUGUAUGAAACCUCACAGCAUCAAAUAUGGCAAAUGAUUCAGACUUACUCCAAAUCUCGAUGACGCAACCUUGUAUCGUCUCUCAUUGUUUGUGAAGAACAAUGAAAUUUCUAACCGUUGUAGUUGCCGUUGCUGUUGCCGCAUGCAGGAAAUUCAGCUCCAAGAGUUCUGGAAAGCCACGGAAGUGGAUUUACGGUGAAUUGAAGAAGAAGGACAAUGCUAAAGAGAGAAAGCAGCAUAAGCCUAAAAUCGAAUGGACGGACGAGCAGAUGAGUACGUUGGCUGCAAUUUCUCGGGGCAAUUCAGUGUUCAUCACGGGCUCGGCUGGGACUGGAAAAACCCUAUUUCUUCAACAGGCGAUCAAAAGGUUAAGGAUUUUAUACAAACUGUCUAGAGUUUCUAUUACGGCCUCAACUGGGAUUGCAGCCUGUGCUCUCAAAGGUCAAACUCUGCACUCCUUUGCUGGUAUUAGUAACCCAACUGAUAAUCGUGAAGCUAUAUUAGAUAGGAUUAUUAACAACAAGAGGGCCUGCAAGAGGUGGCGUAAUGUUCAAGCAUUAGUUAUAGAUGAAAUCAGCAUGAUAGAUGCAGAUCUGUUUGAUAAUCUCGAGCACAUUGCUAGAGAAAUGAAAGGUGUAGAGCGUGUCUGGGGGGGAAUUCAGCUGGUUGUUAGUGGGGAUUUCUUUCAGUUACCACCCAUUCCCAAUAAGAAUUCUUCCAGUGGAAGCGUGAAAUUUGCUUUUGAAGCUGAUAGUUGGGACAAGAGCUUUGAUAUACAGAUAGAAUUGACUAAGAUCUUUAGGCAGUCUGACAUCCUGCUCAUCAAGUUGCUUCAGGCUAUAAGGACAGGGGAGAAUGUUCCCCAGGAUUUGGAAUUCCUCGAACAAUCUUGCAUCCCAGAGUCCGAGUGUGAUCCCUCUGUAGUACGACUUUUACCAUUGAACAAAGAUGUGGAGAAGGUGAACCGAGAGAGGCUCAACAGCCUGCAAAAAGAGGUCCUUGUUUAUAACGCACUUGAUCAUGGUGGUCAGUCAUGGAGGAGGCAGCUCAGUCUAGGGAUGGCGCCCGAUUCCAUAUCCAUUUGUGAAGGUGCACGGGUUAUGCUGGUAAAAAAUUUGAACACCUUUACAGGGUUGGUCAAUGGUGCAACCGGAGAAGUUGUGGGGUUUGCCCGCGCAAAGAAUUACGACGAAGUAUGCCCUCAUUUGCUGCUGCCAAUAGUCAAAUUUGACUCGGGAAAAACUAUGGCUGUGGAGCCAGCAGUUUGGCGAAUAAUGGAUGGGGAUGAAGUCGUUGCUUGGAGGAAACAGAUUCCUCUGAUACUGGCAUGGGCUUUUAGCAUUCACAAGUGUCAAGGAAUGACUUUGGACAGAGUUCACACUAACUUGUCAAGGGCAUUUGGCUGUGGCAUGGUGUAUGUGGCUCUUUCUCGUGUUAGAACCUUGAAGGGUCUUCAACUAUCUGGUUUCACUCGCUCGAAGAUUCGAGCAGACCCUAAGGUCUUACAGUUCUAUAAAAGUUUUGCUCUUCCACGUUUUAAGGACCAUAUGGAUGCCACUGUGCUUAUGAAAGAUUAUCAAAGCUCAGACCCUGUACGAAAGUAUUAGACCCAUUUCUGUGUCUAAAUUUUCUCAGGUAACAAAUUCAAGAUCUAAAUCCAUCCCUAUUGAAUCCUCAAAUUCUUAAACCCAUACUCUUUUAACUUGAUUUUUUUUUUUUUUUUUUACAAAAAAUGGUUAACUAAACUGAAAUUCAUUGACAUGACUGUCCAUGAAGUUUUAAUUUGUGUACAGGUACUUGUAAAUUGAUAUCUUGAUUCUUGAGGAAAGAUGAAGUCCUCAGAAAAAUGCCCAGACCUAUCAAAUGGGUGAAAUUUUUGAGUUCUUGUA